UCUGUAUACAAUCUCCGAAGACAGCAUCUUCCAGUUUUUGGACCCGGCCAUACAGAUUAAUCACAACAUAGGGAGCUAGGGAGCUGAUUGAGACACACUCAUAGAGCCACAGCACAGAAACAUAUAACAGAUCUUACAAGGACAACAUUUAUGCAUAUAUUAACAGUUGAAACAGUAAAUACAACAACAGUGAAUGGUAAUUUACAUAAGAGAUAAAUCCAAGAUAUUGUCAAAAAGUUUACAUUUUGCAAGUGAACGCAAUUGGACAGUCGAUGUGCACCCUUGAGGCUUUCCUGUCCAUGAAAGAAUGUUGAUGAUGGCCAUUUCAUUAAUAUUAAAAUGUACAGAAAUGUUUUAUUGGGCAUUUUAUCUGCAUUCGUAUUCCUGCCUGUGACUAGGCAACAAAGCAUUCAAUAUCUUAAAAUAAGUUUCAGCAUGUGUGGACACAGUGUCAUGUCGCGACUGCUCUCACAGAGGGCUUGCGGCAAGAGUUACGGGAGGCCAAGACUCACAUACGUGCCCCAGUAAGACAAAAAUCAAUAACUCUUUUGGAUGAAGAAUUUCAAAUAUGAUUAUUCAUAGUAAAACAUGUCCAAAAGAGUAUGGUGUCACUAAGAAUGCUCUUUCUUUUCAGUAUAUAUCUCCUGGAUUUGUGGAGACACAGUUUGCCUACUGAUUCCUUAGUCACGACCCAGAAAGGGCUGCUGCUGCAUAUAAAAGUAUAAAGUGCCUUCAAGCAGAUGACAUAGCCAACGCAGUGUUAUUUGUCCUUAGUGCUCCUCCUCAAGUCUAGAUAGAGGCAGAACAAAACUAUUGGAAGGAGGUCUUGAGGUGUGUAGUAGCUGUUGUCAAGUUUUUGGGAGAGGGGGGCUUCCAUUCCAAGGGCAUGUCGAAAUACUGGGAUCACCACACAAUGGGAAUUACCUGGGUUUGCAUGAACUGACCCCUUUUUACAAGAACAUAUCAAAAAGCAUGGACAGAAGGGUAAAGAAAUCAUCAACAGAAUGCGUCAGUUGUGGAUUCAUUGGAACUCUGAUUCCAUACAAAUGCGAUCUGUCUGUAGAGGAGGAAAUACAUUCCAUGUUUGCCUUGAUCAAAGUUCAACAUCAGGGCAUCGAAGUGUGCAUCAACAAUGCUGGCUUGGCUCUCUCAGAGCCCAUAUUAAGUGGAAAAACCAGUGGCUGGAGGAGUAUUUUGCAGGUGAACGUCAUUGGACUCUCAGUGUACACCCGUGAGGCUUACCUCUCCAUGAAAGAAAGAAAUGUUGAUGAUGGCCAUAUCAUUAAUAUUAACAGCAUGUGUGUACACAAAGUCGUGCACAACGCUGUUGUACACUUCUACACUGCCACCAAAUAUGCUGUGACUGCUCUCACAGAGGGCUUGCGGCAAGAGUUACGGGAGGCCAAGACUCACAUAUGUGCCACAUGUAUAUCUCCUGGUUUAGUGGAGACACAGUUUGCAUUCCAGCUCUUUAGUCAUGACCCAGAAAGGGCUGCUGCCACCUAUAAAAGUGUGAAGUAUUUAGAAGCAGAUGACAUUGCCAGCGCAGUGGUGUGUGUCCUUAGCGCUCCUCCUCAUGUCCAGAUUGGUGACAUUCAGAUGAGGCCUGUGAAACAGUUGCCAUUACCUGAACAGAUAAACAGGAACAAGCACCCACAUCAUCUUGAUCAUCAUCUUAAAAGUUCACAGAUAUAUUACUAUAUGAUAUAGAAAAUUGCCAAAAAUGAUAAGAAUGCCCCCAUAUUAUCUUACUUUAAUGUAAACAAUCAUUUUCCAUUUUAAAUCUUUUGAAAUGCAAUUUGUAAUGAAAUGCAAAUGGCUCAUAAUCAGAACACUGCUCUGUCUCUGUUCUUUUCAGUUUUGUAAAGAAAUGUAUUAUGCUUAACAUCAUGAACAUUUAAAGGUGAACAAAGAACAUGUGAUGCUUCUUUACGGUUUGUACAUUAGCUCUGAAUUUACAUGUGCCUCUCAACACUAAAAUCACGCAUAUGCAUAAAAUCAUGCAGAUACAGGUCAGGAGCUACAGUUAAUGUUCACAUCAACCAUCAGAAUGGGGAAAAAAUGUGAUCUCAGUGAUUUGGAGCAUGGCAUG